AUGUCUCACGCUAUUUGCAAACAAACUGAGAAAUCCAAGGAGGUUUAUUCUCGCGAAUCUAAAUUCGGUGCUCAUAACUACCAUCCUCUUGAAGUUGCCCUUUGCCGUGGUGAAGGUGCCUAUGUUUGGGACGUAGAUGGAAAUAAAUAUUUAGACUUUCUCAGUGCGUAUAGCGCUGUUAGCCAGGGACAUUGUCACCCAAAAAUAGUUGAAGCCCUUAUUGAUCAAGCCAAGCAACUAACUCUUGUAUCACGCGCUUUCUACUCCGACAUUCUUGGCAAGUACGAAGAGUACAUCACCAAACUCUUCGGUUAUGAUAAAGUCCUCCCGAUGAAUACUGGUGUGGAAGGUGGUGAGACAGCUUUAAAACUUGCCAGAAAGUGGGCCUAUAAAGUUAAAGGAAUAGAAAAAAAUAAAGCUGUCAUUUUAUUUGCUGAGGGCAACUUUUGGGGUCGUACACUUGCUGCCUGUUCUUCAUCUACCGAUCCAUCCUGUUACGAAGAUUAUGGGCCGUUCAUGCCAGGAUUCAAAAUUGUUCCAUACGAUGAUGCUGAGGCUCUUGAAAAGGAACUCAAGGACCCAAACGUAGCUGCCUUCAUGGUUGAACCAAUUCAGGGUGAAGCCGGUGUACGAGUCCCGUCGGAUGGUUAUCUUAAGAAGGUACGAGAACUCUGCACCAAGUACAAAGUUCUCUGGAUUGCUGAUGAGGUCCAGACUGGCCUUGGUCGCACAGGUAGACGUCUAUGUGUUGAUCACGAGGGUGUAAAGCCAGAUAUCGUUAUUCUUGGCAAAGCCCUCUCUGGCGGUAUCAUGCCUGUUUCUGCUGUACUUGCCAACGAUGAGGUAAUGCUCACCAUUAAACCAGGUGAACAUGGUUCAACAUACGGUGGCAAUCCCCUUGCCUGUCGUGUUGCUAUGACCGCUCUUGAGGUGAUGGAAGAAGAGAAGUUGGCUGAACGUGCUGAUAGACUUGGCAAGAUUUUCCGUGAAUCAAUGAGCACUUUACCAAAGAACAUUGUCUCUUCGGUGCGUGGAAAGGGCCUCUUGAAUGCUGUGGUGAUCGAUGAUAAGUAUGAUGCUAUGGAAAUUUGUAAAAAACUUCGUGAUUAUGGUCUCCUUGCCAAGCCUACACAUGGAACAAUCAUUCGUUUUGCUCCCACCUUGGUGAUCUCUGAGGAGCAAAUCAAGGAGGCAUGUAACAUCAUUCACAAAGUAUUUACUGAGUUCGCCUCUAAGUAA